UUCUCCCUUUCAUGCACAAAACACAACACAACUCAACUAGCUUUCAUUAAUCUUCUUCAUAAUCUCAUCAAUUUUUUCAGACAAAAAAAAAAUAUUGAAUCAUGGCACCAAUCAUCGUUGAUCAAGAAAUUAGCUGCUCACUCCCACCAGCAAAGUUGUUCAAAGCUUUUGUGGUGGAUGCAGACGAACUCAUGCCCAAAGUUAUACCCAAUUUCUUUAAAAGCUUCGAAACUGUAGAAGGAGAUGGAGGAGUUGGGAGUAUCAAGCUAAUUACUUUUACUGGAGAAGGAGGAGAUAUCAAGCCCGCAAAGCAUAAGAUCGUAGAAAUAGAUGAGGAAAAGCAGGUGUUCAAGUACGACUUGGUGGAAGGCGGUAUUUUGGGAGAAGAUCUUGAGUUUGUAUCCUAUGUUUUCAAAUUUGAGACGAGCGGUGAUGGUGGUUGUACCAUCAAGAUUGCGUCGACGUACCACCCCAAAAGCGAUGAGCACCACCAUACCAUAAAAGAGAUUAUCGAGAGAAGUAAAGAGGUGACUAAGGGAUUCGUCAAUGCAAUUCAGGCUCACCUCCAUGGACAUACCUAAGGACAAAAUUCACUUGCUUUGCAAUUUCCUUUUCUUUAUUUCAAGAAUUAAAUAAUAAGUUUGAGUGUUGAGUGUGUAAUAUCUAGCUUUAAUGUUGUGUUCCAUGUAUUGUGUCAACGAGGUUGAAUAAAUGCUGUGUUGAUAAAAAGUUUCAAAA